GCGCGUCCUGCGGCUUUACGCCCCAGGCCUAUCAGCCUCCGUGAGGGAGGGCUGCUCGCCUGCCUUAUUUCCUCCUUGCCCGACGCGAGACGCGCGUCGUGCAGUUUAGGGAGUUGCAAACUCAGAUUUGAAGUCAGUGGGGAUUGACGGGCGGAAAUAAUAGGGUUUUCUGGAAGUAAACUGUUAGGCCCAGGAGAUUAAGGCGAGCGCUGUGCGAAGGAGCGACGGUGGCGGCUUCUGUAGGUAAAAGAACAAGAUGGCGGAAGGUGGCCGGCCACAGAGGAAGAUGUCACGGGCUGGGGAGAGUUUAUAUCAUAUCCUCGGCUUGGAAAAGGGUGCUUCCUCAGAAGACAUCAAGAAAGCAUACAGGAAACUGGCUUUGAAAUAUCACCCAGAUAAGAAUCCUGAUAAUCCUGAAGCAGCAGAGAAGUUCAAGGAGAUCAACAAUGCCAAUGUAAUUCUCAGUGAUGAGAACAAGCGGCGUCUCUAUGAUGAAUAUGGCUCCAUGGGACUCUAUGUGUCUGAGCAGUUUGGGGAAGAAAGUGUGAAGUAUUAUUUCCUCAUGUCCAAGUGGUGGUUCAAGGCACUAGUGGCGUGUUGUGGCAUCUUAACUUGUUGCUGUUGCUGCUGCUGCUGCUGCUUCUGUUGUGGGAAAUGCCGCCCACCUGAAGAUGAUGAGUCCUACAAAUAUGUCAAUCCUGAAGACUUGGAGGCCCAGAUCCGUGCAGAAAAUGAUGGUGGUGAUGCCAUCCGAAUGCAGCCCGCAGCAAAUGCAACAUUGCACACCACAGAUGAGAAUCAGUCCUGCAAGCCAUGACCUCAGUUUGGUUUCCAGUCACAGCACAGUCCCUACUUCCAGCAACCAUUCCAGAGACACCCUGCCCAGGCCUGAAUUACCAAUCAUUUGGACUCUGGACAAAGAGCUCCCUCUCCAAUUGCGACAUUGUGCAACUUCUUCUCCGGUGAGGGUGCCUGAACGCCUGCUUCAGAGUCAUAAGUCUUCUCAGGGAACAUGGCCACGGGCAUACUCAGACCUUGCAAGGGGCUGGUUUAAGGAAGGAGAGAGACUUUAGCUCCGCCUCUUUGGGCCCAAGGAACAGCUUCCCCUUCACCAGCAGAGCAGUUCUUUGUUUAGCUGGUCUUCCCACAGUAGUGGAGGAAAAGAAGAUGGAUGAAUGUUGCCAACCAGCAGUUUUUGUCCCCAGUCAUUAUUAUUCCCUCCAUCCUUGGCAUCUUGUUUUUUUAAGCCAGCCAUUGUGCCCUUGUCAAAGCCCAACUCAUGAUGGAGGAGGGGAUAUUGGACUCCCCACCUCCAGUGCCAGGGAGGCAAACUGCCCUGCUAGGGCUGUCCCCUGGCAACUGGAACUGCCCUUUCUGACCUAUGCAUUGGUGCCAAGCUGCAUUUCAGGGUGUAGUGUGAAGUAUGGUAAGAUUUGGAGUGCCUGCCUGGUAAGUUGGGGGGGAUUAGCCCAUUAUCUCCCAUGAUGAACUGCUGCUCCAGGGAGCUUUAGUUGCUGUGUAGCAUCCUGCCUCUUGAGCUGCCCUGAAUCCUUUUCUGUGGGGUGGCACUGGCCAAGGGCAUUUUUCACACUGUGAUUAAAAAAACUGUUAGGAUUUUAUCAGCACAAUUAAAUAUUUCUGAAGGAAGGAA